AUGACUGACAACGUCAAGACCAUCGUGGUCCUCGGCGCUGGCCCUGCCGCCCUCCCCAUCAUCCGCCAGACUAUGGUCAACCAUGUCAUCAAGCGAAAGGACCUCAAGAUCGUCGUCGUCUCUCCCAACACCCACUUCCACUGGCCCAUCGCCAUGCCCCGCGCCGUCGUCCCUGGUCAGCUCGCCGACGAAAAGGUCCUGAUCCCUUUCGAGCCCACUUUCAAGGAGUAUCCCUCCGACAAGUUUGAGUGGAUCCAGGGCAAGGCUGUGUCACUGAACCCUUCGUCCAACAUUGUCGGUGUUGAGCUCAAUGGCACUGCUGCGGUUCGUGAGGUCAACUACCACACUCUGGUCAUCGCUACUGGCUCGAGGACUCGGGAUGAUAUGAUCUGGAAGAGCCUGGGAACUACCGAGGAGACCAAGAACAAGCUGCAUCAGCUUCAGAACCAGAUCAGCAAUGCCAAGACAAUUGUCGUCGCUGGUGGUGGCAUGACCGGUUCUGAGACGGCUGGUGAGCUUGGCUUCGAGUACUCUCAGCACGGCAAGAAGGAGGUCGUCUUCAUCUACUCUGAGAACCUUCCCCUCGCGGCCCCUGCCACCGAUGCCGUCCGCAAGCAGGCCCAGAAGGAGCUCGAGAAGCUCAAGGUCAAGCUUAUCCCCAACACGACCGUCGCAAGUGCAACUCCCACGCCCGGAUCCUCCGACAUCGUCCUCGAGCUUCGGGCCUCGGACGGCACGACAAAGACCAUCACGGCGCAGGCCUACCUCCCCGCCACGGGCAUCGUCCCCAACACCGAGUUCGUGCCCAAGGAGCUUCUCGACGGCCGCAACUACAUCAAGCAGACCACACGCCUCCAGGUCGAGGGCCACAAGAACAUCUUUGUCGUGGGCGACGCUGGAAACCUCGAGGUUCCUAAGCUGAUGCACGCCGAGGCGCAGUCCAGGCACAUGCUCAAGGCACUCCCCGCCUACCUCGAGUCGGGCGAGGCUCCCGAGUACGCCGUCAACAAGAAGGAGAUCUUUGCUCUGACUCUGGGACGCAGCAGGGCCACUGGCCAGAUGGGCACGAUGAAGAUGUUUAGCUUCCUGAUCUGGUUCAUGAAGGGACGGUACCUGGGCACCGACUACGCUGGUGGCUGGGCUGCUGGCAAGAGGACCAUGUCGGUGACAUUUGAGAAGUGA